CGAACUUAGACGUCACUGGCGCGUCUUCUUCGUCAUCUGCUAGUGCUGUAACUGGUAGUUGUGCUUCUACUUGUUAAUAUUCCUGGGUCUUCAACUUCAAGAUACGAGAGAAGACGUUUUUCAACAUUUUUCUGAAGAAAUGCCAUGACCUGACGAGUAUCCUAACGAGUUUUCAAUGGCGCUAGACAAGCUACACGAAUCGCAAGCGUGGCAUUACUAGAGGAUUUUGCAGCAAGGUAGAAGCGCAUAUAAUCUCCAAUUCAGCAAGUAUCAGAACGAUGAUAGUCAUGAUGUUGGGCGCACCAGGACGUGGCAAGAACAGCAUUUUCAAGGUUAUAUAUAAUAAAUAUACUGAAAACUACCUCGACGGGGGCGCGGCUAUGCCAGUAUCUGAGACGUACUUCUACCUGCUCUUCCUACUCGUGGUCGUCUCUUUUUUGACCUGCUUAACAGAAGUUGCAAGUGCAACUUUACUUCCGGCGCUCCAGCUCUUGGUGGAAGUAAAGUUGUUGUUGAACUUGAUCCCGCGAAGCCGGUCCAGCCCGUACGAAGCCGCACUCCGUCCUCUUCAGCAGGGUCUUCCUGUACGCGAAAACUUUUGAAUAGAUUUUCAGGCUUGUUUUGGUCCUCCAGCAGGGCGUCAGAUGAUAACUUGAGUCGUCCAUUUUUAUACGUCGCUGACUAGGUUUUACUCUUUGUUUGAUAUGAGAAGUCCGAUUAAUACCAUGCAGAAGAAGUCAUGAGGAGAUCUUCUUCGUCAGUGUGUUCGAGCAGGAUGAUGUUAAUUAAUUAUGCAAAUGAAAAGAUGAAGGACAGCAGUUCCGCUUGAGUGCUUAGUUAUGAUGUUCAAGGACGUCUUCAUGUUCUACUCCUUCGAGUAUGAUGUUCUUCAGCAAGGCUUUUUCA